UCAUUGGCUCAGAGGAUGUCCCCGCCUCACAGUUUGUCCUCGUCUCCCCUGGUUUCGUCUCUUGUCUCCACACAGUCCGUCUCUCUGUGGAGAAAUGAGCUCAUCUACCUUCAGUCCAGUGAAGAGGAACACACCACCGCUCACCAUGUUCACUGUACUUUCCCUGCUUCUACUGACAGGAGCACACAGCGCGACGGCUCUGGAGACAGGAGCUCAUCUACCUUCAGCCCAGUAAAGAGGAACACACCACCGCUCACCAUGUUCACUGUACUUUACCUGCUUCUACUGACAGGAGCACACAGCGCGACGGCUCGGAUUCACUCUCUGAAGUAUUUUCUCACUGCGUCGUCUCAAGUCCCAAACCUUCCAGAGUUUGUGGGUGUUGGUUUGAUUGAUGACGUUCAGUUCGGAUACUUUGACAGCAACACAAUGAAAGCAGAACCCAAACAGGACUGGAUGUUAAAGGCAACUGAUUCACAGUACUGGAAGAGUCACACUCGGAUUGCUUUGGAUGCACAGCAGUUCUUCAAGAACCGCAUUGAAACCUUAAAGGAACGCUUCAACCAAACUGGAGGUGUUCACAUUUACCAGCGGAUGUCUGGAUGUGAAUGGGACGGAGAGACUGGAGAAGUUAAAGGUUUUGAGCAGCAUGGUUAUGAUGGAGAAGACUUCUUAUCAUGGGACAUGGAGACAGAGACGUGGAUCGCUCCUACACCAAAGAGUGUCAUCACCAAACUGAAGUGGGAUCAGGAGAAACCCCGACUCGCAUUUAAAAAGUACUACUACACGCAGGAGUGUCCUACCUGGCUGAAGAAGUUCCUGGAGCAGGGGAGGAGCUCUCUGCUGAGAACAGAGCUUCCCAGGAUUUCUCUCCUCCAGAAGUCUCCCUCCUCUCCAGUCAGCUGCCACGCUACAGGUUUCUACCCAGACAGUGCUGUGUUGUCCUGGAGGAGAGACGGGGAGGAGCUUCAUGAGGACGUGUAUCUCGGAGAGGUCCUCCCCAACCAUGACGGGACCUUCCAGAUGAGCUCUGACCUGAAGGUUUCAUCCAUCUCCCUUGAAGACUGGAGGAGGCACGAGUGUGUGUUCCACAUCUCUGGUGUGAAGGAGGACAUCGUCACCAAACUGGACAAAGACUCAGUCGAGUCUAACAGAGAUAAGCCCAUCAGCGUGACCGCCAUUAUCAUCAUCAUCAUCAUCAUCACUGCAGUGGUCGCUCUCGCUGUCAUUGGAUUCAUCGUGUACAGGAGGAAGAAAGUCCAAAGUACCUCACCUGCUGGAAAAGAUCAAGGUUCCUCACAGCCGCUGAGAUCAGGUGAUGGAGAUUCUAAUUCUCCAAGUGAGACGUCCUCCUGAACACAGUUUAUGGAUGAGAAGCAGUGUCACCACAGUCUCCCCCUUACACUGGGAAUUCAUUGAUUAUUCAUCACUCAAAUCAUAAAAUGAUAUUCAGGCUCAGACAUUGAUUGAAAUACAAACAACACAACUGACAUAUAUGAAAAAUAAAUGGUGGCGUCGAUUAAAUUUGAUCUUUUAGUUAAAAAUAAUAAAUAUAAUUAACCCGGAGUGAAGUAAAACACAUUUUCAAAAACAAUGAAAGUAUCACAGCACUGUUCACAUGCAGUUAAUUUACAGAUCGUCAUAGUUACAGUUUUAUAUUCCUGAUGUUGGGGAAUCCUUGUAAAAUCAUUAAAAUAAUACAAAUCUAAAUCUAAAUAUAUAGACACCCACACAUCCUCAUUUUAGGAUCUGGAAAUAUAAUCUGUUUUAUGAUUUAGAUUAUAUUUGAGCAUCAGUACAAAAUUUGUUUUCAAGAUGUGUAAAUAUUCAGAUUUUAUUUUAUUUCUAUUUUGGCCUGAACAAGAAAUGAAUUAAUCCAGAGUUGCUUGUUUUGUUUGUUUGAUUGUAUUGAUGCUUUUCUGUGUUCUUCACCUUUAAAGUUCAUUUGAGUGGAGAUCAUAAAAGGGUUGUGUGAUGUUUUAAGUAUCUCAUGUGAAAUAUUCUGUUAAUAUUUAUAAUGUUAGUUUUUAGGGACAAGGGACUUUUCUGUUUUAGCCUCGUUAACAUUUACACUGCAAAAAUGAAAAGGUUCAAACGGCGCAAAAUUACUGAACUUAUCUGUUGUGAGUUUAAAAACUUCACAUUUUCUCAAAGCUGUGAGUUCUAGUGUCCCUGCUCGUCAGGCUCCAGAGGAUUCAAGCAGUUUAUUCCACAUGCAGACGUGAAAUGGAUCACCCUGAGCAGUGAUGUUCUCCAUAUGAACAUUUGAAUACAUUAAUAUCGUCCUGUUGACCACUCACACACUUUACCGUAUUCACUGAGUCACAUUCACUCACUCAGUGUUUGUUCUGUCACACGUCAAUCACACACAUUGUCCAUGAAGCUGUCAUCGGUAGUUUUAGCUUUCUGAUUCUUGCUUAUGGACACUUGGGCAUGCAAACUGGAGCAGCUGAGGAUCGAACCUGUGCUCCUCUGGUUAGUGGACCAUCCGGUCUACCUCCUGAGCCACAGCCGCCAAAACAUGCAGCUGCAGAACCAGAAUUUCUGUCCUGUAUUCAACAUAAACACUCACCUUCAUGAUGUUGGGUCACGUUUCCCCUGAUGAGACAUGAGACAUGUCAUAUCACAAACGUACCAUUUUGUGUUUUGCCAACUUAACUUUGCAACUUUACAAAUUUAACUUAGUAAAGUAGGUUGAAGCAAAUACAUAUACAAAUCCAUUAAAUAUUCUGUUGUUGAUUAUAUAUAUAAAUCGUAGUAUCACAAUUUCACGUUUUCUUUUUUACAGUGUAGAAACUGAACAUUUGAGGCUCAAUUUUUCUUCUUGUGUCUGGUUUUUAUAAAUAAAUGUUAAAUUAA